AUGACGUCCGCCCGAGGGGCCAGUCCGAAAGGGUACCACAGCGCUGCACUCUGGACUUCACCUCGACGCGCCGGCUCCAUCUCGAGCUCGUCCAAGGCUUCGAACAGCGACACGAGUUCGGCCAAAGCACCCGGUCCGCGCAAGGUGUACAUGUCGCGGUCAUUCACCUCCUACAUACGCUAUUCUCUGCUCACUUUCGCCCUUCUCAUGGCGCUGCUCAUCUUGUCCGACUCGCCCAGUCUUUUUGGCUUGCGCUUGGGCCGGCGGGUUUUUGUGCCAUCAAAACGUUUCCACCGACUAGGGGCUGGUCAUUGGUUGCCACUGCCUCAACCAUUUACGCACUCGGAUACCCAAGAAGAGUACGGCGCGAGGGCGUUCGAUCCUGCCUUUCCCAACAGGGUCGAAGAGAUCGGCUUGUCGGUCGCCGGAUGGAGAUGGAUACCGAAGCUGCGCUCGCGCAAAGGAAUGCGAGAAUGGAACGCAUAUUUGUUCGUGAAGCGAUUGCUCAACUCGGAACAUGGCCUCAUUAUCGUCGGUGAUGAAGCCAGCCAGCAGAUGAUGACCGCCCUCGGUGGUUUGGUCGACCCGGAGGAUGCGCAAACUCAUCACUCGAAAAUCGACUGGGGUGGCCUGCUGCGAGUCGCACGAGGCGGCUACUACGUCGACCCCAAAUCGAAGGGGGCUCCUUUCAGAUACACUUCGAUCCCCAACGAGACGGCGGAGAUUACGAUCUGGCGGUCGACUUGGCUCAAGCGGUUGCGGAGGGAUUUGCCGCACGUGCCCGAUUCACGAUUUGAGGCACCGGUGGUGCGGUUUGUCAGGCACGAUACAUUGGUCAAUAUGACCCGAAUCACCGAGCUCGCCAAAGCGAUGCGCUUGAGUCCUGUGUUCCUUAAGGAGGGAACGAGCAAACGAUUGCGUCAAACCAACUGGCGAUCACUGUUGCAUCCAUUGUCAACGGAUCCGACAUGGCGGGGUCAGCAAAAUUCGGUGCUGCUCUUCAACAGUGGAUCUCAUUGGAAGAGCGACGAGUUCGGACUCAACGCCCAAGAUCUGCUUGAUGUCAGCCAGGCAAUGGUGAGUCACAAAUCGGGUCAGAGUCCAGUAUCAUCCAAGGAUGUUGAGCUGAGCCUCGUCCGCACAGAUCCGCGACCUCCUGUCCGAGCUGGUCGAACUGCCCCGCUUCGAUAUCAUCGGUCGGUCGACACCACUGGCAGCGCCAGGGUGCGCCUACCACGUUGCUCCGCUCGAUUCAGCCCCGCCGAGAGCGAGCGAUUCUGACUUUUUGAACCGGGUGUGGCAACCGCUCGACUUGCAAAACUCAUGGUGGGCGGCCGAGAUGGAUACAGUUGCGCGCAAGGGGAGGACGCGGGAUAGUUCAGGCUCGUUGGUCUACAUGAACGUCACAGAGAUGGCUGGACAGAGACCUGACGCUCGAGUGGUCGGGGCGUCCGAUCGACCGGAUUGUCUGCAUGUGAGUCGAAUCGCGCCGACGAGACUUCCACACUGCCAACCUCCGCUGAUCACGAUAGCUCUCGUAGUGGACGCUACCCGGGGUACCUUCCGUUUGGCUGAGAAUGUUGUGGCAUAUCAUAAGCGGUGUCGAUAAUAGAACAGGCUCGUGA